GCGGCCCAUGGGGAGAGUCAGCCGGGCGGGCCGGCAUUAAACUGAAAAGAAGAUGUCCCUGUAUGACGACCUGGGAGUGGAGACCAGUGACUCCAAAACAGAGGGCUGGUCCAAAAAUUUCAAACUUCUGCAAUCUCAGCUCCAGGUGAAGAAGGCAGCUCUCACUCAGGCAAAGAGCCAGAGGACAAAACAAAGUACAGUCCUUGCCCCCGUAAUCGACCUAAAGAGAGGCGGCUCUUCAGAUGACCGGCAGAUUGUGGACACCCCGCCACAUGUAGCAGCUGGCCUCAAGGAUCCUGUUCCCAGUGGGUUUUCUGCAGGAGAAGUUUUGGUUCCCUUAGCUGAUGAAUAUGAUCCUAUGUUUCCUAAUGAUUAUGAGAAAGUAGUAAAGCGCCAAAGAGAGGAACAACAGAGACAGCGGGAGCUGGAAAGUCAAAAAGAAGUAGAAGAGAGAGAGAAGAAGCGUAAAGACAGACAUGAAGCUAGCGGGUUUUUAAGGCGACCAUAUCCAGAUUCUGAUGAAGAUCAAGAUUAUGAACGAGAGAGGAGAAAAAGAAGUAUGGGCGGAGCUGCCAUCACACCUCCAACUUCUCUUAUAGAGAAAGACAAAGAGUUACCUCGAGAUUUUCCUUAUGAAGAGGAUUCAAGACCUCGUUCACAGUCUUCCAAAGCUGCUAUCCCUCCCCCUGUAUAUGAGGAACCAGACAGACCCAGAUCUCCAACCGGGCCGGGCAACUCCUUCCUUGCCAACAUGGGUGGCAAGGUUGCACAUAAAAUCAUGCAGAAGUACGGCUUCCGGGAAGGCCAGGGUCUUGGGAAGCAUGAGCAAGGACUGAGCAUGGCAUUAUCAGUGGAAAAGACAAGAAAGAGAGGAGGCAAGAUUAUAGUGGACGAUGCCACGGAGAAAGAUGCAUCCAAGAAGUCAGAUUCAAAUCCAUUAACUGAAAUACUUAAGUGUCCUACUAAAGUGGUCCUACUAAGGAACAUGGUUGGUGCAGGAGAGGUAGAUGAAGACUUGGAAGUUGAAACCAAGGAAGAAUGUGAAAAAUAUGGCAAAGUUGGAAAAUGUGUGAUAUUUGAAAUUCCUGGUGCCCCUGAUGAUGAAGCAGUACGAAUAUUUUUAGAAUUUGAGAGGGUUGAAUCGGCAAUUAAAGCUGUUGUUGAUCUGAAUGGGAGGUAUUUUGGUGGACGGGUGGUAAAAGCAUGUUUCUACAAUUUGGAUAAAUUCAGGGUCUUGGAUUUGGUGGAACAAGUUUGAUUUUAAGACCUAGAACACGAGUCACCUCCAGUGAUCCUUAAAUGAACUGCAAGCUGAGCAAAGAAGAAAAAUCCAGCCUGCGUGGCUGUUGGGUACAGAGAUUCUUGGAAAGACUUCUAAGAUAUAUGUUGAUUGAUCCCUUUUUUAUUUUGUGGUUUUUUAAUAUAGUAUAAAAA